AUGACGGACGCUGUGUACGCCAACGAUACUCGUGUGGUCGGCAAUGACCCGCUCAUUUCUCCGAUGCUGCUCAUGCAUGAUCUGCCGGUGACCGACGCCGCCAAGCAGGUGAUUGGGCGUGGUCGCCAGGAGGCCGUGCGUGUGAUCCACGGGCAGGACGACCGCCUGCUGGUGAUUGUCGGCCCGUGCUCGAUCCACGACCCUGAGGCCGCGCGCGACUAUGCUCGCCGCCUGAAGGAGGCAUACGAGGCGCGCUGGAAGGAUGGUCUUGUGGUCAUUAUGCGGGCCUACUUUGAGAAGCCGCGCACGACCGUCGGCUGGAAGGGUCUGAUCAACGACCCGAACCUCGACGGCUCGUUCCAGAUCAACCGCGGCCUGCACAUUGCGCGCCAGCUGCUGAUUGACAUUAACGAGAUUGGCCUGCCUGUGGCGUGCGAGGUGCUCGACACGAUCUCGCCCCAGUACCUGUCGGAUCUGUACGCGUGGGGCGCGAUCGGCGCGCGUACGACCGAGUCGCAGCUGCACCGCGAGCUUGUGUCGGGCCUGUCGCUGCCGAUUGGCUUCAAGAACUCUACGGACGGCGGCAUUGGCGUCGCGGUCGAUGCGAUCCGCGCGUCGUCGCAGCCGCACGCCUUCAUGGGCGUGACGAACCAGGGACUCGCCUCGAUCGUCAAGACGGCCGGCAACCCCGACCUGCACAUCAUCCACCGCGGCGGCAAGCGUGGCACCAACUAUGAUGCGCAGAGCGUCGAGACGAGCAAGGCGGACCUGCUCAAGACGCUGCCGGACCGCCACCCCAGCAUCAUGAUCGAUGUGAGCCACGGCAACAGCAACAAGGACUUCCGCAACCAGCCCAAGGCCGCGGAGGACAUUGCCCAGCAGAUCGCCCAGGGCCAGACCGCCAUCACCGGCAUUAUGAUCGAGUCGCAUAUCCACGAGGGCAAGCAAAGCGAGCCCAAGAACGGCCAGAAGGACGCCCUGCAGUACGGCGUGUCGAUCACCGAUGGGUGCGUCAGCUUCGAGACGACCGUCGAGAUGCUCGACCGCCUGCACGCCGCCGUCCUCGAGCGCCGCCGGCGCUAA